UCACUUAUCGACCUGCCGGGCGGGUAGUGUCGAUCGGGUCUGUUCGUUAGGGAGCUCGAACCAACUCUUGGGAACGACCGCUUACGGCAUAGCAUGCUAGGAACUUUAUUCUACCAUGCAUCUUCCAUGCAGCCUGGCGAAAUUUCUAUCGUUCAGCUCCUCCCCCUUGAUUUUUCUUCAUCUAUACUCUUCCAUUGGGCUUCUGUACCUGGGAAUUAUUUGGAUGCACCCAUAAUUCCAUCGGCGAAGCGUCCAAGUUCGGUGGCCAUGGGUCGGGCCAGAUCUGAGCGCGGCUCUAGACUCAAGCUGGCUAACCUACGGGGAUGAACCUAGCGGUGUGGAAGUGGGAUGAAUAGAUGCCUAAGCCUAAGCACCCUGGAUCAAUGAGAAAGUCGGGUCCAAGAACUGUUCCGUUCCAGCCUCUUAUUCAUAGCCAUGCUUUUAGUUAAUAAACCAACCCUAUGAUACAAUUCGAGGUUGAAUUCUCGGGAUAAAGUGCAUGCUACCCAAUCCAGUAAGCUGGUUUGCGCAGAAUCCCCCCUGGGCCUGGGGCCUGUGUCACACCCCCACCCGAAAAUGGGCGCGAAGCUUGGAAACUCAGCGCUUUCUGGACUCUCUUUCUCUUCUUCCCUUUUUCCUCCCUUAACCAUUGAUUAUUCUACCCAUUUCCCUUCCCCCAUCCUUUCUUCCCUCUGACGUGAGAGGCAGCCGCCCAAUCCACAAUGGGGACUUUUACGUUCAAAUGGCCUCACAGCGCGAACGAGGUGUUCGUUACGGGUACCUUCGAUGAUUGGGGUAAGACGGUGAAACUGGACCGGGUGGGCGACAUCUUUGCCAAAGAAGUCUCGUUACCGACGGACAAGAAGAUCCAUUACAAGUUUGUCGUGGACGGUAUUUGGACUACCGAUAGCCACGCGCGAGAGGAAAACGACGGACACGAUAACAUCAACAACGUGCUGCUUCCCGAAGACAUUCAAGCCCCGACCCACACCCAAGAAGCUUCCACCCACGACGUCACCACGCCCGCCAUCAUGUCUGGCGUGACCCCCAAUUCUACCACGGCUGCUCUGGCAGCCCAGGUCCCUAAGGAACAAUCCAAUGGUGGCCUCCCGGGAGCUUUCCCUGAGACGCCGGGACAGGAAUCCGAGAAGACCCUGUCUGUCAAUCCCAUUCCCGCCUCGGGUGGCUACGGGAACCCGAUCAAGUUGAACCCUGGCGAUAAGGUCCCGGAUCUCAGCUCCAUCCAUGGCAACACCGUGGAAUCGACCGUGAAGCUCGACAAGGAAUCGUAUGAAAAGGGCGACAGUGUGCCGCUCGGCAGCGCUGGCACUCAGAGUGAUACUGCCGGCUCGAGUGCUUUCACCGUGCCCCCCGUCACCAAGAACCUCAUCCCCGAAUCCAGUCUCCCUAUUGGUGGUCCUGCUCAGCGGGCAGCCCAGGCCGAUCAAGCACAGACGAGCACCGGUGGCCUUGCCCAACAGGCUGCCAUGGCCGACCCCGGUUACACGAUUCAGUCCGCGGCGCCAACCUCCACCACCGCAGCCCUGGCCGCGGAGGUUCCCCUUGAAAAGAACAAGCAGACCAACGGCACUGCCGUGCCUGCCAAUGAUGUUCCCCAGGUCGUGAAGGACUCGAUUGCCGAGGCUCACGAGAACCCCGAGGCGGCUGCCAACAAGGAGGCCGUGGUAGACAAGCAGGCGGUGGAGAGUGAGCUACAGAAGACGGUUCCUUUGGAGGAGUCUGCAGGUGCCCCAGCCCCGACCACUACUGCUGCUACCCAGGCUGUCGCCCCAGCCGUUGCUGGUUUGGCUGUUCCUCCCGUCGACUCCGCUGAUGUUUCUCCGACCUCGACACCUCCUCCCGGCCGCGUCGUACCCGUCACUCCUGCACCUACUUCUGCGCCGGCACCUACCGAAACUCAGACCGCACCGGUCGUGACCACCGGCCUGGCUACUUCCGAGACCGCCGCAAAGUCGACCCCUAGUAAGCCCACCGAGCCAGCUCAGCAAUCCGCCAAUACAUCGGGUGCCGGUGAGCUCCACGCCAAGGAAGACAAGAAGAAGAAGCGUCUGAGUGGAUUCUUCAGUAAGCUUAAGGAGAAGCUGAAGUAGAUGGAGGACGAUCGCAUUCUACUUUUGCAACAUCUACCGAUGAACCACUGUCUCUUUUCGUGGGCGGAUACAUCCCCUUUACCGCUGGCUUGCUUUUAGAUCGCGACCUAAGGGAAGCUAGGAAGAGGAUUUUUAUUUGGGAAAUUGUGUCGAGAAAAUUCGUCUCGACGAGUCGACCAUCAACCCUUGUGACGAUUUGCUUCUUUUUUAUCUUCUUGCUUCUUGUUUGUUCUUUUUGAUCUGGAUACCUCUUCUGCACUGCACUCUCCCUCCCUCUCCCUGCCUCCGCAUUGUAUUCCAGCAAGCCCUUGUGUUUCACUCUGAUUGCAAUGUAUCUUUCUAC